AUGGGAAAACUCAAGAAGGGCUUGGCUUUGACUGUUGACCGUGACACUGAUGACCCGGUGCGUCGUCCUCGACCAGCCUCCCAAGAAGGUUAUAAUUAUCCAGAGGAACAUAAUAAACAUACUGAUGCACCACACUUAAAACGCCAACCAAUGCGUCAAUACGGUUCUUCUGCUUCUCUAGAAGUAAGGCACGAGCAUAAUCGUCAGCGGCGGGAGGAAGAGUUUUUCUCGGGUUCACAAUCUCCACCAGAUCGCCUUUCGCCCGAGGCUUUUCAGGCCCCGGAAGUUCCUGGUCCUCAUUUUACACGGUCUGCUCCAAUGCCUAGUCCACAAUCGGCAUCAUCACUAUUCGCACAAGGUUACGACAUUCCUUUAUCAGAUGACAGCGAAGAUGGUUCUUUUCUUUCAUCACCGAAUCCUUCUUCACAACCACCUUAUCCAAUUAAUUCACCGCGUUCUCCAUCCCCAAUGCGUCCCCCCAUUUCAUUACCUCGACCCCCUGGACCUGUGCAACAAUACUCAAAUUUCUCAGCUCAAGUUCCAAGGCCCGGUCAAAUGACAGUGCAACGCCCGAUUCCGAUUAAUGCUGUUCCUCAAAGGCCACCGACGCAAUACCCUUCUGAACAAAGGCCUCCAAUGCAGAAUAUGAACGGUUUAUCUUUGCAAAGACCGCCAGCGCAACAUUCGAAUAGUACAUCACCUCAAAGAUCUCCAGUACCGAAUUCCCCUCAAAGGUCACCGAUACCAAAUUCUCCUCAAAGGCCGCCGAUACCAAAUUCUCCUCAAAGGCCUCCAGCACCAAAUUCACUUCAAAGACCUCCGAUUCUGCGUUCGAACAGCGCAUCACCUCAUGGACCUCCGAAUAUCGUGUUGUCUCAAAGGCCCCCGGCAGUACACCCAAAUAACGUAGUACCUCAAAGACCACUGGCACCAUAUCCAAAUAAUGCAUUACCCCAGAGACCUCCGGCAUCACACCCAAGCAACGUAUUACCUCAAAGACCUCCGAUACCACACCCAAAUAACACAUUACCUCAAAGACCUCCGAUACCACAUCCAAACAACGCAUUAUCUCAGAGAUCUCCGGUACCGCAUUCAAACAGUACACCGCCUCAAAGGUCACCAAUACCUCCUUCGAAUAGUGCAUCGUUUCCUCAAAAGUCUCCGAUACCGCCUUCAAAUGGUGCAUCACCUCAAAGAUCGCCGGUACCACACUCGGACAGCACCUCAUCCCAGAUAUCGUCCCCAAAUAAUGCAUCGCCGCAAUGGUCCCCGACGUCGUAUUCAAAUGACGUGUCACCAAAAAGACCUCAAAUACCACGUUCGAACAAUGAACCACAUCAGAGACCUCCGGCGCAAUAUUCGAAUGUCAUGUCGACUUCAAGAUCAGUGCCUGCUCAAUCAUUAAUAAGUCAAUCUCCUGAUAAAGAUCAGCAGAGGCCAACUUUGCAACCUCAAAAUGAUGGUUUGAAACAAAGAAUGGUUCCAAGUCCAUCCUUAGAUUCAGGUUCUCAGCGAUUUCCACAAAGUUCACCGAGUGGUCCUUCCGUCGAUUCACCUUCUGUGCAACCACCUUCUUCGCAAUCACUAGAGCAUGAAAAUCAGCAAGCUGAAGAUGGUGCAUCUUUCGUUGCUAGAAAUACAGAAACUAUGGGCCAAACCCUUACAGCAGAGGAAUAUGUGACACAAGCAAUAAAGUAUCAUGAAGAAAACGAACUUGAGAAGUCCACUGAAUAUUUUCGCCUUGCAGCAGAACAAGAUAAUAUCAUUGGAGUAGGAUGUAAGAAGAACGCAGCAUUAGCAUUCAAAUACUUACAAAAGGCAGCACAAUCAGCCAUUGGCAUUUUGAAUAGUAUAAAUAAUACCAUUAGCGCAUCUCCUUUUAAAGGUGAACUAGUCUUGGCGAUCUACGAAUUAGGAAUGUGUUUCAGACAUGGAUGGGGCGUUCCCAAAAAUAAGGCUACAGCAGCUUUGUAUUUCGAAAUGGCCGCAAACAUGGGAGAUCCGGAUGCACAAAAUGAUAUCGGACUUUGUUAUUAUAUGGGCGAAGGCGUCAAAAAAGAUAUGAAAACCGCUGCCAAAUACUACAGAAUGGCAGAUGCACAGGGUCAAGGUACAAUGGGAAAUUCUUGGAUUUUCAAAGAGAAAUAUAACGAUUAA